AUGUGGCGUCCAGAUGGCUCUGAUUUACGGCCAUGGAAGAUUGGAGUUCUCAUUAGCCCGAAAGUCAAAAUGGAGCCCCUAAGAAUAGGUUUUCUUGGCGGAGGUGCCAUGUGUGAAGCCAUACUCCGUGGGCUGUUGGACAAAAAGGUUGUGCAGAGCUCCGAUGUAUGGGUAAGCGACGUCGCUGAGUCUCGUCUGGAAGUAAUGCGAGGUCUCGGCGUCAACGCCACUGCAAACGGUCGAAAGGUAGUUGAAAAAGCCUCUGUGAUUUUGCUUGCCGUCAAACCGGACACGGUACCUGAGGUACUACGCGAUGUUCACGACCUGAUCAAGCAGAGCCAACUCCUUGUGUCAAUCUGCGCUGGAGUGCCUUUACAAGCUUUGGAGGACCUCGUGCCGGACGGUGUGGCGGUCGUCCGAGUCAUGCCCAACACCCCGUGCCUCGUCGGCGCCGCAGGCUCCGCCUAUGCUCUCGGAAAGAACGCUUCACUCGCAAACCAUGCGAAUAUCGUGGAGGCAAUAUUUGGAGCCGUUGGACUGACUGUCCGUGUUCCAGAGAAGCUGCUCGAUGCAGUUACGGGAGUGAGUGGCUCCGGACCGGCAUACGUUUUUAUGUUCAUGGAGGCGCUCGCUGACGGAGGCGUUUGUGCGGGGCUCCCACGUGACAUUGCAAAGAAACUGGCUGUCCAAACAGUGUACGGAUCAGCGAAGAUGGCCAUGGAAAACGAAAACAUGCAUCUCGCAGAGCUCCGUAACCGCGUUGAAUCACCGGGUGGAACAACAAUAGCAGCGUCUCGCGCUCUAGAGGCAAACAGCUUCCGUGCAACUGUCAUCGGCGCGGUCAUGGCCGCGGCCCAGAGAAGCGCUGAAAUGCGAACAAAGCCGUCGCCGUUCUAG